CUCUGAGUGUCUGGUGUGUAAACAAGUGACUGGCGAGGGACAAAUCUAGAAUAUUUAACAUGUUUUACUGAUUGCGUUGUCAUUUCUAGGUUGUUAAUGUACUAAGAUAACAUCGGGAUAAUUUCUGUGUACGUUAAGCCCGUGGACAGCCCGUCAAAGGGCGAUUUAAAGCGGGGUUCUCAAAGACGUCGAGGAGUUUGUGCACGCUCACUGGCUAUCGUUAGCCUGUUAGCUUUUAUGUGAUAAACAGAUCCUCAUAACAGAGGACACAAACUCCUGUAUGCCCUGGUUUUACACUGGCUUGGGCCCUGUAGCCGCUGUCUAGCAUUAUGGCUGCUGUGGAGAAAGAAGGAAAGGAGUGCGAGGAGGAGACACUACAGACAGCUUUUAAGAAACUGCGUGUGGAUGCUGAAAGUUCCACAACAACAGUACGUGUCUGUGAAACACUGGCUUCCAGAUUAGUUUCUCGUGGCAGUCCAGAGGGAGCCAAAUCCAAGAUAACCUCUUCAAAAGACAACUGGCAUGGAUGUACACGAAAAUCAUCCAGAGGUAUUGUGAGAAGCCAACGACGGCGAAGAUCAAAAUCUCCCAUCCUUCAUCCUCCUAAGUUUACCUACUGCAGCAAAAUGUCUCCCCCUCCUGGCCACCUCAAACACAAGAGCCCCCCAGAGUCUGAUGACACCAGCGCUUCUCUUGGCAUCUCUGUCAAGAAGGAAGUACCGUUCUCUGCUCCCUGUUCAACUGUAUUUGGUGUUGUUGGGUAUGAAACCCCUCUCCCUCCUCCUAAGGGUCCGGACUCACCGCAGCUCAGACCGAGAAUGCCCUGUGAUGAUGAGAGCGUUCCUGAAAACAAGCCCACUCGAUGGAGUCGCCAGAGCUCUCAGGAUGCAGCAGAAUGUAACGCUGUUCCUUCUGACUUUCAAACUCUGAGCAAGCUGCAGGAAGGCAGUCAGUGCCCUUGUGGGCAAAGAGAGUGCCAAUGUCCAGGUUGGCAAGGUGUUGAGGUCUACGCAUUCACCGGCCUUCGUGAUGUGAUCUCAGAAUGUGAACGAAAGCUGCCCAGCCCUCAGGACAGUUCUCCCAACAGCAGAACUCACAAUGGGAAAAAUAAUGCAACUUCCAGCUCUCCGCGAUCCUGUUCUGAACAAGCCCGUGCUUACGUUGAUGACAUCACAAUAGAGGACCUUUCCGGCUACAUGGAAUAUUACCUUUACAUCCCCAAGAAGAUGUCCCACAUGGCUGAGAUGAUGUACACCUGAAAACAGAAUAAAUGCUGCAAAUUAAAGCAUUACAAUAGAUUAUUGUUCUUGGGUACUUUUAAUAAUAUAAAGAAUGAUUUAUGAAAUAAGGUAGUAAUGAAGAUGUUAUUUAAAAGCAAUUCUACAUUUGUAUUUGGGAUUUGAUACCAUGUCUGUGAUUAGUCCUUAACAUCCUCUCAUCUGACUAAGAAUGAUGGGGCAUGACUCAUCCAGUGAGGUUUCCUUUAUUUUUGUUUGAUUUCAUGAUAACUGUUAUGUUUGGUUUACAUGUAAAAUUGCCAAAGGUCUAACGCAGAGACUGCAGGUUUGAUUUCACUGAUAUAUGCAAACUUACCAAAUGCCAAGGAAAUGAUGGCAUCUAAAUUAAAUCUCAAUAAAACUGUUUUUUGA